UGUCACCACCGAUAUCUCCCAAAGAACUCUAAAAACCGGUCCAGUCAAAACCCCGAGAGCCGGUCGGUCCGGCGACGAGCGAGCCGGAGCCGCCACACCAUGAAUGGCCCGCAACCGGAAUCCCUCACCGCCGCCGACGUCCUCUGCCCUAACCCUAACCCCUUCUCCCCUCCACCGCCUUGCUCCUCCCCAUGGCGCCUCUCCCUCUACCACCCUUCCCUCCGCCCGCUCUUCUUCUGCCGCUCCUUCCGCUCCCUCCUCCAGGCCCACGCCCACCUCCUCGUCUCCGGUCUCAUCCGCGACCCCUUCGCCGCCAACCGCCUCCUCAAGGCUGCUACCUCCUCCGCCUCCGCUCCGCUCUCCUACACCCUCCUCCUCUUCCGCGCUCUCCCCGGCCCAGACGCCUUCUGCACCAACACCGUCCUAAAGGCCCUUUCAAUCUCCUCCCAUUCCCUCCUCUCCCUCCCCUUCUUCUCCGCCAACCUCCGCUCCGGAUUCCUCCCCAACACCUUCACCUUCUCCAUCCUCCUCUCCUCCUGCUCCCGCGCGUCGUGUCUCAACGCCGGCGAGACUUGUCACGGCCAGACCGUCAGGCGCGGCCUCGAUGCCGUCCUCCACGUUCGUAACUCUCUCGUGCACAUGUACUCGAUCUGCGGUUUAGUGAGCUGCGCUCGCAUGUUGUUCGACGAAAUGGCAGUCCGGGAUACCUCAUCAUGGAAUUCCAUGAUCAAUGGCUACGCCACCUCCGGCGAUUUGGAGUCUGCAAGGCAGCUGUUUGAUCAAAUGCCGGAGAGAAAUGAAGUAUCUUGGAAUGUCAUGAUCGGUGGCUACCUUAAAGGACGGAGCCCUGAAACAGGAUUGGAACUUUUCAUAGACAUGGGCAAGAAGGGGAUGAAGGGGAACGACAAAACGAUGGUCAAUGUGGUCACAGCAUGUGGGAGGCUGGGCAAUAUCAAUGGAGGCAAAUCGGUUCAUGCAUAUUUCACCAGGAAUUUUGUGGAUGAUAAUGUGAUAGUUGGGACAGCAUUGGUCGAUAUGUAUUGUAGGUGUGGGAAAGUAGAGGUUGCAAGGAGAGUGUUUGAAAAAAUGCCAAGUCGAAAUUUGGUGUGCUGGAAUGCGAUGAUUGUUGGACACUGCGUUCAUGGAGAUCCUCUAGAUGGCAUUGCAUUGUUUGAUAAGAUGGUCAGAAAAGGUUGUGAUAUGCAUGAUGAAGAAACUCAUAAUGAUGCCCAUGCGGAAACAAUGACAAUCUCGCCAGACGAAGUUACCUUUAUUGGAGUUUUGUGUGCUUGUGCUCGUGAAGGUCUACUGACAAAGGGGAAGGAGUACUUUGAGCUAAUGACCACCACGUAUAAUCUUAGACCUACAUUUGCUCAUUAUUGGUGCAUGGCAAAUCUCUAUGGAAAGCUUAGCCUUGUCGAUGAAACAGAAGAAAUAUUAAGGGCGAUUCCUGACGAUGAAGAAUCAAUUGCAAUAGGAGCUUUGCUUGGACUGUGCCGAUUCCAUGGAGAAUUAGAAAUGGCUGAGAUAAUUGCAAAGCGAUUGAUUGAGCUUGAACCUUUAAAUGGUUCCCGCUAUGCUUUAUUACGAAAUAUCUAUGUAGCAGCGGGAAAAUGGGAAGAUGCUUGGCAGGUGAAAGAAAUGAUGAAGGACAGAAAUAUAAAAUUAAUACCUGGUCAUAGAUUAGUAGAUCUAAAUGAGCUCGUCUACAACCUUAAGAUUGGGGACAGGUCGAACCCAGAGAUCAAGAGGAUCUACUUGAUGCUUGAUAAUGUUGUUUCUAAACGCAGAGCCGUAGAACUAGUCCCACAGCUUGUACGUUUCAAAGAAGAUAGAUUUUAAGCAGUGACUCAACAUACAGUACCAGGGCAGUUGCAUUCCAUCCAUUGUGAUUGCCAUGCACUUUGACCAGAAUAAAACAAAGGCCACAGAGAGAUGCCUGGAAUAAAGAAAUGCUUGAUAAUGUGGGUUCCAUACUUCAACUAAAAUAUGCUACCAUGGAUCUGACCGAAAAUUGUGAAAUCUUGAACUAACAGAUGUUCAUUUGAUUCUCUGUUAUAGUAGUCCAAGCAUUGAUAGAUAAACUCUUUAAGCCAAAAGCUUACUGCUAAUAUUGAUAUCUUGCAUUGUGCUUGGUUGCAACAGCUAUAUCCCAGGCACUUGGCAGAUUGAAAAUUAAUCUCAAAACAUCCUCUUAACCAUUUAUCCAUUGAAUUCUUCAGGAUCAGUUCAAAGAAUAUCUUAACAGCAUUGAGUUUGCGCAUUAUAUGUUCAUCAGGAUUGACUAUGGCUUCGUUCAUACUGAAGAAUAAACCAGAGAGGAAAUUGUUUGCCACUGAGCCAAAGAAAUGCACAAUUUGCAGAAUCAGAUGGCUUCGAAGAGUAGUAUCUAAAGCACAAGCUUUAACUCAGUGGAUAAAACAUAUGUCUAAUCAUCAAUCUGUCUUAGAUUUCUGGAUGUUGAGAUUGCAGGGAAGUAAAAAUUUUAUUAGGAAAGAGGAAGCCUUUUUCUAUGCUUGAGUUACAUAUUCUUUAUCGGUAGCCUGGGCUUGGAGGAAGGUUUGUUUUUUAAAGAAUCUUGAGAUUCUAGCUUGUUUGUGAUUAAGCCGCUAAAAUGCAGAGUUUUUCUGAACAAUAGAGAUUAUAUGAAUGUUCACUCACUUCAGUGUCAUCAUCUUCAUUGGUUUGAAUGAAGUUUUUGUGCAAGUGGGAAUUUGAAGCACCUUCUUCCACUGUGUUGAGAGAGAUUAUUUUAGGACAAUUACAUAUGCAGCUGAGUUAGAAUGAAGUUCUUUGCUCGUAUCUUUUUGAUGUCGAAGAAGAAAAAAUCGUUUUUUAACGAUGUUAUAGUUAUUAUCAAGUAUUCGAGCACAUAACUUGCAAGUAACCUCUUGUUUAGAGGCUUCUUGAUUAUGGAGUUUAUGGAAAGUUUUUUUUUUCUAUUUAGGAGAUUGACUCUUUCUAUGGAUAUUUAUGUGGAAAAGGGUGGAAAAGAACUAUAUCUAAACAUUUUAUGUGACAAUGUGAAUGGCUUUA